CUUCCAUACCCUGAUGAUGUUUCUGACCUCCUUCCAAGAUUCUGAUCAUGCAAAUAGGUAUUUCACAAUUGAGGCAGGAACUCUUGACAAUAUAUAAGGCAAGUGGCUGGACAGACACCAGAAAGUCACUUCUUUUGCCUCCAUCUGACUGCCCUUAGCCUUGUCAGCAGCAUGAGAGUGACAGCCUUUGUCCUACUCUUGACCCUGGCACUUAUUGAAGUAGAAUGUGCGGGACAAGGUCAAGAGAUUGAUUGUAGUCCGUUUACAAAAUUACCACCGGAGGAGAGACUGUGUUAUAUAAUAAGACCAGUUUGUGGAUCUGAUGACAGAACUUAUAUCAAUGAUUGCUUCUUUUGUUUUAAAAUGGAGAAACAGACAACAAACUUAAAUUUGUACAUUUUGGGGAAUGUUGAAUCUAUCAUGUGAUUCUAUUCACAAGAGGCACAUUUCUUCUCCCAUAUAAUCUUGCCACCAUCAUCUUGAUUUCUUUGUAGAAUUGUAGAACAACGUGUACCUAAGUGAAAUAAA